AGUGGAGAAAAUGGACUAUAGGUACCAAAUAUUGUUUGCGCUGUCAGCAGCGAAUAUCUUGUUUCCGGUAAACUUGCUGAUACGGUGACUGGUCUGCUUUCGAUGUUGAUGAUGUAGUAACAACUGGUUAGUCUACGGGUCACCCUAUGUGGUUCUGUGGAGGAUGCAUCAACGUUUUAGCGGGGUCUGGAGAAGUCGAGCUACUUUCUACUAUGUGAUGCUUCCCUGAAGUGCUUCUAGUAGUUUGCGACCAGAGCUACAAUUUGCUGGUUUUUUAAUUGGUGAUAAGGUUCCAAUUGAGUGGACGACUUCAGUAAUAGUAGAUGAUAGUUUCGUCGAUGAGGCGUCUUCUUUUAGAGUCGGUAAGAAGACCGUAAUAUGGGAAAGGCGCGUAAAGCCGGUACUGCUUGUAUCGGAAAACAAAUAAUCAUGCGCAUUGGUGACGAAAACUUAGGUGCACUUGAACAAAUUUGCACCCGAAUGAGAGACCUAUUGUGUCCAUGAUUGGAGUGGUUCGCUUCACCUUUUUAUAUGUGUCAUCGUUCUGUAAGGAAGCACUAGUCCACGAUAACGAUUGGAGGAAGGUAAACGUGACUUAUUGAUUAGUGACACUAAGGAUGUGUCGCGCCUUUAAGACAAUCUCAGAGCAGUCUAGAUGGAUCUCGUGCAAAAUGAGACAUGUUGUCUGUACGAGAAAAGAAGAACGAAUCUACCGAAGGGUUAUAUAAUAUCAAUCACUGAAAAACUGACAAGAAUAGUGGGAGGAUUGCCAAAAACUUCAAUAGACAUAUAUGCUGAUUCCCUAUAUUGAGGAAUAAGUUUGCUGAUAAAGAGACGGACUUAGGAGGUGUAUCUAUCCAGGAGCAGUUUGUUAAUUUUCAGAUUUCCCCUGAUGCCAAAAAAUUAAAUUUAGGAAAACUCAAUGAAUGGUUAAAGAGUAACUAAACGGAGUAACCUCUCUCCAAAACAUACAAGGAAUACAAGACAGAUCCGGAUGAUUAUAGCCGAGAUAAGAUUGCAUUGUUGACAGUGCUUUGUGAUGAUUUCUAGUGACGUUAUCUGGAUUAUGCAACACUCACUCCUUUAUUUGCAAUUACAACAUUCAAACCGAAUUGCGAACUUAAAAUUUUAAAUUUAUUAUCUGGACAAUUUAUGAAGUGUGUAUGCUAUUGUGUGCCAGUGGUACCAUUGACGAUACAGUGAAUUAAAUGGCUGAAAAAAACCUUCCGUAUUGCUUGAAAUUUAAAUCUGGUUCGAGUAUUUACCUAGCCUUUAUGACUGUUUAUAUGGCUGCUAACGUUUUCAGGAAGAUAAACUUCUUCUCUUCACCUGGUUAUACGGUUUAUUGUCGACACUAGGUCCAUGUUUACAGAGAUCUGCUGGAUCGGAAGAACUUCAUCCUCUGGGAAAUCUGUGCAAAUGCCUGGGAAAGAAAAAUUAAAAUCUACUAUUGCCCACCAACCGACUCCUCAAUGGAUCAGUUUGGAAUAUGUGCAGAAAGUGUUGCGGAACUUUUUCAACGAUAACGACCUUGAAAUUGUUGAAAUUUCCAUUGCGCCAGCUUCCGCGAAAGGUGAUAACUAUGCGAGUAUAAUGACCCGAGUUCGUGUGAAAUACAGAAGUUCUAACCAACGGAAUUUACAAGCUGGGAGCUAUCUUAUAAAGAGCAUGGUGGACUACGAUGAGUUCGUCAGUGAGAAAUUAUCAGACACAGCUGUGUUUCCAAGAGAAAUGGAAAUCUACUCAGCUAUUAUCCCUGAAUUGCAGAAAAUUCUACAAAGUAAAAGUUUGGAUGAGGAACUGGCUCCUGCUAUAAUGGAUGUAGACUACGAGCGUGAUUCGAUCAUGUUUGAGGACCUAACGGCCCGAUCAUUUGUUCCUGCAGACAGAGUGAAGGGACUUGAUAUGGUUCACGCAAAAAUGGUUCUUCGUAAAUUGGCAAAGUGGCAUGCAGCAUCCGCAAUUCUGGGCAGUGAUAAACCGGAAAUAUUCCGAUCCUACGAUCGAGGACUAAUGACCCGCCGAUCUGAUGUCCAUGUACCCUUUUUCACGAAUAGCUUACGAUUUUGUGCCAGUGCAGUGAGCAAAAUCCAAGGAUAUGAAAAAUAUGCGUCCAAAAUGUUUGAUUUACAAACAAAGCUGAUAGAGUUGGGUAGAAGAGCUUUCGAUUGUAAGGACGAUUCUUUGAAUGUUUGCGCACACGGCGAUCUUUGGACUUCCAAUGUUUUGUUCAAAUAUGACGGAAACAAACAGCUUGUGGAUGCCAUCCUAAUAGAUUUUCAGAACACUUUCUGGGGUUCACCAACACUUGACCUUCAUUACUUUUUUAAUACCUCACUCUUAGAUGAGCUAGUCCUUGAUGGGCAGGACGAGUUAGUGCAAUACUACUAUGUGAUGCUGGCAGAAAAUCUUCGUAGUUUGGAAUACAAGGGAAAAAUUCCUAGUCUCAAAGAAUUUUGGAUAGACUUCAUGGAUACAAGCUUCUAUGGAUUUGUAUCUGCAUGCUUAAUGAAACCAUACAUGAUUAAUGAAGAUGCAGCCGCGGAUGCUGAUAUGGCUGCACUGUUGCAGGAGAACGAAAGGGCUGACAAUUUUAAAAAGGCUGUUUAUAGUAAUGAACGAGUUCAUAGAUAUCUGAAAAAAUUGUUGCCAAUUUUUGGUCGUAAAGGAUUGCUGGAUUUAUAUCAGUAAAUUUUUUAAAAAUGUAGACGACAUGAAAUCGAAAUAAUUUUUUAUUUCGCACAAACAAAGUGAUUUUGGAAUAAAAUGUUGUACAUGC